AUGCCUCCCCGCCGCUCAACUGGACGGACUGCUCCCAGCCAGCAGUCCAAGCUCUCCUUUGGUACACAAUCCCGAGUCACCAAGCCCUCAACCACCUUACCAGGCAAACAAAUCAAGAAUAUCGACUCCGUGGUCCAGGAACUCGCAGCCAAGAGAACAUCGCCUGCAUCUGCUUCCCCAGCACCUGAGCCCGAUACUGCGUUACCAGAACAAGUACCCGUUACGUCAUCAGCAGAAUCGUCGAAGCCGCAUGUCGCAGAACUAGCGAUUCGAGAACAAGUAAGAGAGGAGCUAAGUCAGCCUCAGACGGAUGAAGAUAAGAAGGCGUUGAAGAUUAGUGAGGUACAGAUUAGGCGGUACUGGAGUGAAGAGGAGAAGAGCAGGAAGGCGCCAAGAGUGCAUCAAAACGGUCUUGACACUGACGAGAAGAUUCUACGACAUUUUGACUUGUCAAGUCAAUACGGCCCCUGCAUCGGAAUCUCCCGCAUCAAGCGCUGGCGGCGAGCACAUAUGCUCGACCUCGAGCCGCCAAUUGAGGUUCUUGCCGUUCUACUGAAGGACCGCAAAGCCCCUGUUGCUGAGCGCGCAUAUGUCGACGAAUUGCUUUCAUGA